AUGCCAGGUUCUACAUCAUCAAAUAUUAAUACAGCUAAACGAACACGUCGUUCAAAUAAACAAAAUCGUCAUCGACGUGAAUUAUCACAUGUGAUACGUUAUCCAUCAUUAAAUAAUAUUGCUUAUUAUGCGAAAUAUUUCUUUUUUAAAACAGCAUUUGGUCGUAUUGUAUUAUUAUUUACAAUGUUUGCUGGAUUUAAUAUAUAUUUUUUUUCUCAAGUUUAUUGGCCAAAAAUUUCAGUAUGGUUACAAAAUUCUACAUCAACAUCAACAUCAAUUGAUACUACAUCUUUUGAAUCACAUACUGAAAAUGAAUUCUAA